GUUGUUGUUAGCUUACUAGCUAAACAGGUUAGCGUCCCCCAGUAUCAUCCACGUGAGACAAACACUCGCAAGUCACGUUAAGAUUUUAAACUCACAUCUUGGUUAUUGCAGCCAAUUAAAAGUCACUUCUUUCCCGUCAUUAUGGACGAGGAGUAUUACAGCGGCGGAGGAGACUGGGAAGGCACGGAUGGCAACACGGAGGAUGGUUAUGUUGAAGGAGAAAAUGACGGGAAAACCCAGGAAGAUUGUCUGCAGAAAUUCUCCAGCAGGGACUACAUCAUGGAGCCUGCAAUCUUCAACACCCUCAAAACGUAUUUCCAAGCAGGUGGAUCUCCAGAACAUGUCAUCCAGCUUCUCUCUGAAAACUACUCUGCUGUGGCUCAGACUGUUAACCUGCUGGCAGAGUGGCUCAUCCAGAUGGGUGUAGAGCCUGCUCAGGUCCAAGAGCGAGUAGAAAAUCACCUCAAGAGUCUCCUGAUAAAGCACUUUGACCCCCAGAAAGCUGAUUCUAUUUUCACUGUUGAAGGAGAGACUCCUGCCUGGCUCGAGCAGAUGAUAGCUCACACUACGUGGAGAGAUCUCUUCUACAAGCUGGCAGAGGCUCACCCAGACUGCCUGAUGCUCAACUUCACUGUAAAGCUCAUUUCAGAUGCUGGUUAUCAGGGUGAGAUCACCAGUGUGUCUACAGCGUGUCAGCAGCUGGAGGUUUUCUCUCGAGUACUGAGGACGUCUUUGGCCACGCUGCUGGAUGGAGGAGAGGAAAACCUGGAGAAGAACCUGCCAGAAUUUGCUAAGAUGGUAUGUCACGGCGAGCACACCUACCUCUUCGCCCAGGCGAUGAUGUCCAUCCUGGCUCAGGAGGAACAAGGCGGUUCAGCUGUUCGUAGGAUCGGCCAGGAGGUGCAGAAGUCUGCACACGAGAGAGGUCAUGAUGCCAGUCAGAUAACCCUCGCACUCGGUACAGCAGCAGCCUACCCUCGAGCCUGCCAGGCGCUGGGUGCCAUGUUGUCGAAAGGAGCCCUGAAUCCUGCAGAUAUCACAGUUCUGUUCAAGAUGUUCAGCAGUAUGGACCCUCCUCCUGUGGAGCUGAUCAGGGUGCCUGCCUUUCUGGACCUGUUUAUGCAGUCGCUGUUUAAGCCUGGAUCAAAGAUCAACCAAGACCACAAACAUAAAUACAUCCAUAUCCUGGCUUACGCUGCCAGUGUGGUCGAGACCUGGAAAAAGAACAAGCGAGUCAACAUCAAUAAAGACGAGCUGAAGUCAACUUCUAAGGCCAUAGAAACUGUGCACAACCUGUGCUGCAAUGAGAACAAAGGAGCUACAGAGCUGGUGGCUGAACUCGGCACUUUGUACCAGUGCAUCCGGUUUCCAGUAGUUGCCAUGGGGGUUUUAAAGUGGGUGGACUGGACAGUGUCUGAGCCGCGGUACUUUCAGCUCCAGACAGACCACACUCCAGUACAUUUAGCUCUGCUGGAUGAGAUCUGUACGUGUCACCAGCUGCUGCAUCCACAGGUCCUCCAGCUGCUCAUCAAACUGUUUGAGACGGAGCACUCUCAGCUGGACGUCAUGGAGCAGCUGGAGUUGAAGAAGACGCUGCUGGACCGAAUGGUUCACCUGCUUAGUCGUGGCUACGUCCUGCCUGUAGUUGGUUAUAUUCGAAAGUGUCUGGAGAAACUCAACACGGAUAUUUCCCUCAUCAGAUACUUUGUCACUGAGGUGCUGGAUGUGAUCGCACCUCCCUACACAUCAGACUUUGUUCAGCUCUUCCUGCCCAUCCUGGAGAACGACAGCAUCGCAGGGACGAUCCGCACAGAGGGAGAACACGAUCCUGUUGCUGAGUUCAUUGCUCAUUGCAAGUCAAACUUCAUCAUGAUUAACUGAUGUGGAAAAUGACACUGAAAACAUUCUUGUUGGAGAAUGUACCAAGAAGACCUCACAGGGACAGAGGAUCUGUGGUCUCAAUGAUAACCAAAUGCUCUGCUUGACGUUGAAACACAUCGCUUGGACACAAGAUGGAUGUGUCGGUUUGACCAAGUGAAUGAGGAUUAGUAUUUCUUGAGACAACAAAAAGGCAAAUGUCACUGAGCUGGUAGAACGAUGGAAGUAUAGUAAUAUUUCAGAGGAAGCUGUCCGAAGAUGCGGCAAAAUAUUUUUCUUUUUCACCUGUACAUUUGAUUUUCUAUUUUUAUGUUGGUUCAAGAUGUUUUAAAAUAAAAACCUGAAUAUGUAUUCUUUAGUGCAUUUUUUUUAAUUUAAUGCAAUCAUGAUCAUAAAACGUCACUCUUUUGGUCACAUUUUUAUGACUCAUAUUAAGAAACUAUAUAAAAUAAAAGCCAGGCUUUCAGCCUGUACUGAGCAUAUUCGGUUGAUAAACUGUGCUGCAGAACUGGCCCGACUCUCUAAGAAACUGUAUAAUAACGUGAACUGAGCUUUUUACAACCACAUUUCAGCCCGGCAGACGGAGAGUAACUGAUACUCAAAGGACAGCUUUUGUGUUGAGAAUCACUUUUUAAGUGUUGCGUUUAUUGGCAUAGUUUGAAACACAAGAUAUCAGUUUUUUGAAAAUAUCAGAUCUGUUGAUUGUUCAGCUUGAAAACAAACAGAAAAUUACAUAAAUCUUGACGCAAACACACAUAAGGCACACUUCAAGUUGAUUUUUUUUUUUUUCAGUUUUUGUGUACAAACCCUGCAUCAGGUUGUAGUGCAAUCUUGUCAAUACAUUAACACCAGACGCUGAAAACAUUCAGUGUUGGUGCAGUGCAAGACAAAUUAUAAACACUCUGUUCUUUGGCUGAGUCAGUUUGCAUUUGACGAUUAAAACUGAAAA